GUUUCAGAUCAUGCCAGAUAUGUCUAAUUAUUCAGUCAAUCAACCAUCAGACUUACCUUCCCAAUUGACUGAACUUCAAGCUCUCAACCAGGAGCUCUACAAUAAGGUGCUAGAGCAGCUUAAUGUAAUCUACGAUUAUGAGCAUUUCACCCAUCGCCUGCAAAAUGAAAAUAUAGAAUUAAAAAUGAAAAUCAAGAGCCAAGAACAGGAUCUUCAAGCUCUCAGAGCCAACCAAGCCCAACUCAGCUUGAGCAUCCCUACCGUGGCUCAAACAAGCUCCUUCGCCGCAAUUUCCCCCAUCUCGCCGUGCUUCUCGGGAGUUGCUCCGAUGAAAACUCAGGGAGAAGAACAUUUUAUUGAGGAAGUUUCUCCUUACUUGAAAAAUUACGAGGAGGCCUUAAUGUAUUGGGAGGAAAAUCACAACAUAGAAAUUAUGAAUCCAGAGUGGCCCGAGACGGAUCUGACAUGUUACCUGUUCAAUAAGGACAUUGGGCAAGUCAAACAAAUUGUGAUGAGGGCUCCAAAUUGCUGCUCCUUGUAUGGUAAUCAACGGCCAUGCAAAAUAAAUCCACACUGGAAAUCUCUACCGGAAAAAACAAAGGAAGUGUGGCAGAAAAUGUGGAUCGUGUUGAAAGACGAGCAAGUGAAGCAACGAAACGCUGGGCUCAUCAGGUUUCCGGAUUCAAAACCGAAAAAAGUUGGAAAAGUCUCAAUUAAACAGGAAAUAAUGGAGAUGUAUUGAACAUAAGCCCUUUUUUGUUAUAUUUUAAAUUUUAGUUAUGAAUAAAUUUUAAUUAUC